AUGGUUUAUUAGUGGACAAACUUUGUCUGGGAAAACAAUGCAUGGUGGUUAAGAAGAAUCAGACCUUUUAUUGUCUUGGGAGGAUUUGCAUUUACAGCAUUCUAUGGGGGCAGAUAUUAUUUCUUUGGAAAGUGGGCUUAUUAUAAACAAAGAUAAUUUUCAGAGGCUGAACUUGUAGCAUAAGCAGAAGUCAAUAAGAGAAAUUGGGGAUAUGGAGUUUGGUACAAACCAACAUUGGAGAGAAGCAGAAAGAAGUUAUUGCAAGACGCAUUGAAAGAUAAAUAUAGAUAUGCGAUGACAUGGGAAGAGUUGUUUUAUGAGGAUCCAAGACCAGUUGAAGAAAUUCUUGAAGAAGAAAACUCCUGGGAAGAAUACGAGAUAUGACAAGAUUUAUAUUCCCUAUAUUGUUAUAGAUAUAUAAUUAUUUCAUAUGAAGAGAGUCCAUAUGAAAUUCA